GCUAAAACAUGUGUUUUAUUUUGUUUAGGCGCCUGGAGAUCGGGCGAGUGGGCUGUCUCCCCCAAACGAGUGAGAGAAAAGAUUGGCGACGACGCUCUUGCCCGAAAUGGGGACCCAUGGAAGCAGCAAGAGCAGGAAGCAGACGUCGUCGAAGUCAAGUUCAAGACGACGGCGCCGGCGGUCGGACGACUCGGGCUCCGACUCGGCCUUUACAACCGACGGCUCCCACGGCCGCAACUCGUCGCCGCACAGUCCGUCCUCCAGCCGCAGAGAGCGCAGGCGAAGCAGAACCAAUCACCGAAACCGGAGCCGUCGCCGGGGUUCCUCGCGAGACUCGGAAUAUUCCUACAGCAGUGACGAAAGCGACCGCGACGGCAAGAAGAAGAGGAAAAUUUCGCAAGAAGAAAUUGAGGAGUACGUUGCGAAGAAAGCACAAAAAAAGGUCGUUCGAGUCGCAAAGAAGUUGAAAUAUCAAACAGUGUCCGGUUAUUCGAAUGAUUCGAACCCGUUUGGUGAUUCCAAUCUCAAUGAGAAAUUUGUGUGGAAGAAGAAGAUUGAGCGAGAUAUUGUUCAAGGUGCCCCACUUGAAACAUUUUCAGUUAAAGCUGAGAAAAAGAGACAGAAAGAAAGGAUGGCUGAAAUUGAAAAAGUGAAAAAGAGACGGGAGGAAAGAGCAAUUGAAAAAGCACGACAUGAGGAAGAAAUGGCUAUGUUGGCCAGCGAACGUACUCGGGCUGAGUUCCAAGACUGGGAGAAGAGAGAAGAAGAGUUCCAUUUUGGACAAAGCAAAAUCAGGUCAGAGAUUAGAUUGCGUGAAGGACGUGUCAAGCCUAUUGACAUUCUUUCCAAGCACCUUAAUGGCUCUGAUGAUUUUGAUAUAGAAAUAAAUGAACCAUAUAUGGUCUUCAAGGGUUUGACAGUAAAAGAAAUGGAAGAGCUUCGUGAUGAUAUAAAGAUGCAUCUGGAUUUAGAUAGGGAAACACCAACACAUGUAGAGUAUUGGGAGGCACUCUUGGUGGUAUGUGAUUGGGAGCUAGCGGAAGCUCGCAAAAAAGAUGCACUGGAGCGAGCUAGGGUGCGAGGGGAGGAACCCCCUUCUCAGUUGCUUGCAGAGGAAAGGGGUCUACAUUCAAGUAUUGAAGUUGAUGUGAAGAAUCUUCUGCAAGGGAAGACUUAUUGUGAAUUGGAGAAAUUACAGUUGCAGAUUGAGUCGCAGAUGCGUUCUGGUACAGCGAAGGUAGUUGAGUAUUGGGAGGCUGUUAUUAAACGGCUUCAUAUAUACAAGGCAAAGGCAUGUUUGAAGGAAAUUCAUGCCAAAAUGCUGCGUAAACAUCUACAUCGCCUUGAGCAACCUUUGGAGGAUGAAUACAACUCAGAGCCAGAUCAUGCUUUAACAUCAGAGGAGGAUGCUACUGAACAAAAUAUAGAAGAUGCUCAAGCAUCCUCUCCAGAACCUGUGUUGAAUGAACAUACUGACGAGGCAGAAGAAGAGGCUGGAUCAUUUUCUCCGGAGUUGUUGCAUGGAGAUGAAAAUGAAGCGGUUGACCCUGAAGAGGACAGGGCCAUUCUGGAACGAAAGCGCAAGGCUGUGCUAGAAGAACAGCAAAGACGGAUUCAAGCUGCAAUGUCUUCAAAGCCAACUCCUUCGGAAGAUAACUUUGAGCUUAAGGCCAUUAAAGUUAUGGGAGCUAUGGAGGAAGGUGAUGCUGUAUUUGGCUCUGGUGCUGAAGUAAACCUGGACUCACAGGUAUACUGGUGGCAUGACAAAUACCGUCCAAGAAAGCCAAAGUACUUCAACCGUGUUCACACGGGAUAUGAAUGGAAUAAAUACAAUCAAACUCACUAUGAUCAUGAUAACCCUCCUCCAAAGAUUGUGCAAGGUUACAAGUUCAACAUUUUCUAUCCGGACCUUGUUGACAAGACAAGGGCUCCGGUUUACACUAUUGAGAAGGAUGGGAGCAAUGGUGAGACAUGCCUUAUCCGGUUUCAUGCUGGACCACCUUACGAGGACAUUGCAUUCCGAAUUGUGAACAAGGAAUGGGAAUAUUCCCAUAAGAAAGGGUUUAAGUGCACAUUUGAGCGUGGAAUUUUGCAUGUAUAUUUCAACUUCAAACGAUACCGGUACCGUAGGUGAAGCGUGUGUAUUUUUGCUACAAUUUUCCUCGGAAACAGCAAACUGCCCGCCAGUGAGCAUCAAGACCAAAAACUCCGACUUACAAGUCAGAUUUCUCAAAUCGCCCUACUAUGAUUUUGUAUUUUAUGUGGUAUAUUAUUCAACAAAUUGUGAAUAUAUUUUAGAUGUCAAUAAUUUAUAUACAUUUGCUGAAUCCAGUAGUUUGACUGAUAGUGACUGGUGUACUUUGCUCAACAGCACACCACUCGGGCAACUUCCCCUAAUUAUAGUAUCUUUCUAUCCAUCCAUACUAUAUAUGUGACUACUUCUGAAACAUGAAGCCAAUUCAAUGCUAAAA